AUGGCCGGAGCUGGGCCGAUCGCUGUCGGCGGCCUCGCCGCCACAGCCGCGGAGUUGUCCCCCUACCGCUGCCUCUGCAGCGCCGUGGACGCCCACGCCCACCAAGCUUCCAGUUUUCACCUGAGAAGCGGCCUCCGGCAUCUGGGUCAGGUAAGAAGGGUCCGGUCGACCCGUCUCUCCCCCGCCCCCGAGCAACUGAGCAGCGCCUUCGCCGGCGACUGGCCGGCGGCGGGAGGGCGCCUCGCGCGGCCCAGCAAGCCCAGGAGGCGGCAGAGCCUCCUCGUCGUCGCCGCCGAGCUCGGCGGCCAGUACGAGGAGGGCUUUGAAGACGUCCACCUGGUCAGUCUCAUCGGAAUCUCGGAAUCUCGGAAUCUCUCUCUCUCUCUCUCUCUCUCUCCUGAUAUCUAUGAGCUCCUUGCAGCAACUCAUCAAUUACUUCACGUACAAGGCGGUGAGGACCGUUCUUCACCAGCUCUACGAGAUGAACCCCCCCAAGUACAUGUGGUUCUACAAGUAAGUCUCUGUCAAAACCCUCACCACCAGCACCACAAACCGGCUCUCUUCUCCUCUCCUUCUGGCCCUCAUCCACGCCGCCUUCCCUUUCUCCUCCGCAGCUUCGUCGCCACCAACAAGCCCGACGACGGCAAGAGGUUCCUCCGCCUCCUCGGCAAGGUAGCAGCCCUCCCCCACCUACUCUAUCCCCACAUAACCACCCAUCUAGGUCUGUCGAUUCUCAUCUUCUUCCUCCGCAGGAAAAGCAAGAUCUUGCGGAAAGGGUCAUGAUUACCCGCCUCCACUUGUACGGCAAAUGGAUCAAGGUGAUCUUCCAUCCUCAGAAAUACCCUUCUUUUUUCUAGUUCACAAGCGCACCUUGAAUAUCUCCUUUUGAUUGUCGCUGUUCUUCAUCAGAAAUGCGAUCACGCGAGGAUGUAUCAGCGGAUAUCCGACGAGAAUCUCGAGCUGAUGCGGGAACGGCUCAUCGAAACGGUGAUCUGGCCGUCCGAUGACACCAACUCGGAGAGAGUCGGAUGA